AAUGCUACUCAUGGCAGUAAUAUUAACUGCUCUUUUAACAAGGGCAGAUGAGCCUGUUUGCAGUUUGCGAGGCAGACCACAAUUGCCUCAGUUUUCAAAGGAUGGAGACAUUACAAUUGGAGGAAUCUUUCAAUUACACCACAACCUUGUGAAUGCCAAACCUGCCUUUAAAGGAGAGCCUGAACCACUAAAAUGCAAAAAUGUCAAAUUCAGAGAAUUCCAGUUUGCUCAAACCAUGAUAUUUGCCACUGAAGAAAUAAACAACAGAACAGAUAUACUCCCUGGUAUUUCAUUGGGUUAUAAGAUAUAUGAUGACUGUAGCGCCAUACCUUUGGCUAUAAGAGCAGGGAUGGCUUUAGUGAAUGAACAGGAAGAAAAUAUGUACUCUAACAAGUCCUGUACCAAACCAUCUACUGUCCAUGCCAUAAUAGGACCCUCUAGUUCUUCACCAACUAUAGGAAUUGCGACAACCAUAAGAGCUUUUCACAUACCAGUGAUUAGUCACUUUGCAACAUGUGAAUGUUUGAGUAACAGGAAUAAGUACCCUUCAUUUUUCAGAACCAUACCAAGUGAUUAUUAUCAAAGCAGAGCCCUGGCACAGCUUGUAAAGCAUUUCGGAUGGACUUGGUUUGGGACAAUUAGAAGUAACAAUGAUUAUGGCAACUCAGGAAUGGCUACUUUUGUGAAAGCAGCCAGGCAGGAGGGAGUUUGUAUUGAAUAUUCAGAAGCCAUUUAUAGAACUGAUCCGAGAGAGAAGAUUCUUAAAGCAGUAGAUGUUAUCAAGAAGGGCACUGCAAAAGUUAUUGUAGCUUUCCUGUCUCAAGGAGAGAUGGCAGUUUUGUUACAAGAAAUGUUGCUUCAGAAUGUUACUGGUUUUCAGUGGAUAGGAAGUGAAGCUUGGAUUUCUGACAAAAACCUUGCAGCAGGAGAAAGCUACAGAGUUCUGGGUGGAGCACUGGGUUUCACAGUCACUAAUGCAGUAAUUACAGGUUUGGAGGAGUUUUUACUGAACGUCCGUCCAUCUGAUACCCCUGGGAAUUCAGGCUUUAAAGAUUUCUGGGAAACUGUUUUCAGCUGCACCCUGACUACCCAAGAAAAUACCUCACCGGUUAAUCCAUGUACAGGGUCUGAGAAUUUAGCAGAGAUAAAGAAUGAGUACACUGAUGUAACUGAUCUGGGAAAUGCCAACGAUGUAUAUGAAGCUGUGUAUGCUGUAGCCCAUUCACUACACAAUCUGUUUACAUGCAAAACUGACCAGGGACCUUUUGCUGGUAAGACAUGUGCAAAUAAGAAGAAGAUUGAACCAUGGCAGGUAGUGCAUUACCUGAAAACGGUUAAUUUCACUACCAAGAAUGGAGAUAGUGUUUAUUUUGAUGAGAAUGGGGAUCCAACUGCAAGAUAUGCAUUAGUUAACUGGCAACUCAAUAAGCAGAGCAUGACGAAAUUUGUUACAGUUGGUCUCUAUGAUGCAUCUUUACUGGAAGGACAACAGUUUAUUAUGAAUAACGUCAGUAUUGUUUGGGCAGGUGGUCAGGAUAAGGUGCCUAAAUCAGUGUGCAGUGAGAGCUGUCCUCCAGGCACUCGGAAGGCUGUUCAGAAAGGAAAGCCUGUUUGUUGCUUUGACUGCAUACCAUGUGCUGAUGGAGAAAUCAGCAAUCAGACAGAUGCUAUUGAUUGUAUGAAGUGCCCUUUGGAAUACAGGUCGAAUAACCAAAGAAACCACUGCAUCUUAAAAGCCAUUGAAUUCCUGUCAUUUGGAGAAAUCAUGGGGAUGUUGCUGAUGAUCCUUUCAUUGAUUGGGGCUUGUUUAACCACUGCUAUAGCGAUUGUUUUCUUUCGAUUCAGAGAUACCCCCAUUGUUAAAGCUAAUAACUCUGAACUCAGUUUCCUUCUUCUGUUUUCAUUAACACUGUGUUUCCUUUGUUCACUUACUUUCAUUGGCCAGCCCUCUGAGUGGUCCUGUAUGUUGCGCCACACUGCCUUUGGGAUCACAUUUGUCCUGUGCAUUUCUUGUGUUCUGGGGAAAACAAUAGUCGUGUUAAUGGCAUUUAGGUCUACCCUUCCUGGUAAUAAUAUGAUGAAAUGGUUUGGGCCAGCCCAGCAGCGGCUAACUCUUUUUGCAUUCACAUUCAUUCAGGCCUUAAUUUGCACUCUUUGGUUAAUUCUAUCCCCUCCUUUUCCAAACAAAAACAUGAACUCUUUCAAAGACAGAAUCAUUUUAGAAUGUGACCUGGGAUCUGCAGCAGCAUUUUAUGCUGUGUUAGGGUAUAUUGGGUUUCUUGCUGCCAUGUGCUUUGUGCUCGCUUUUCUGGCUCGUAACCUACCAGAUAACUUUAAUGAAGCUAAAUUCAUUACAUUUAGCAUGCUCAUAUUCUGUGCUGUUUGGAUCACUUUUAUCCCAGCUUACAUCAGUUCACCUGGGAAGUAUACAGUUGCUGUAGAAAUAUUUGCAAUUUUAUCUUCCAGCUUUGGUUUGCUCUUCUGUAUUUUUGCUCCUAAAUGUUAUAUUAUAUUACUUAAGCCUGAGAAGAAUACAAAAAAACAUUUGAUGGGAAAAGUGCCCUCAAAGUAACUUUCAAAAAAAUAAAUAAAUGGGGAUUUAUCAAAGUUUUAAAGUGAUUAUGAAAGAGAAAACAGGAUUUGAUUAUAAUAUAAUAUGUACAUUUAGCUGCUCUAAUGUAAGCUACAUAGACAUUACAGUGCAUAAUUGAUCUAAUUGUAGUCUGUGCUUAUUUUUUUUUACUAUGCACAAUUAAGAGGCUUUACUAUUUCAUUCAGUGCAACCUUAUACCUCCUAGACAGAUCACUGGUGAUAGGCUUCAAUAUACAUUCUCUGUACAGCUAUGGUCAAACAUUUUGUAUCACCUACAAUUUUAGGAUUGAGACAUCAUUUAAAUAUAUAUAUAAUUUAUAUAUUUUACUUAACAUCAUGCAAUCAAAAUGACAUUACAAAAGUCUA